AUGUUUAAAGAAUGUAUUGGUUGCACGCAAAAACGUUUAGAUGACGAGCCACAAGAUGAUAGAUCACACGUGUUGUGUCCGAUAUGCAGAAUGUCAAGAUAUUAUAAGGCCUACAAACAAUACAUAACUUCAAGAAUGAGGUCAAAAUCAAAUUUAAAAAGUACAAGUAUCGAACGGAAACUACGAAAAUUCAUAACAAACAAAUUCCAUAUUAUAACUAAACUUUAUGCGUUAAAACAAUUAACUUCGUCUCAUAAACUGAAAGAAUACUUACAAGUGAAAAACUUUUUGUUAAACGACCGUCAAAUUAAGUUUAUUUUCAGUAGCAAAAAAGCCAUCUCAUCAAGAUUGUGUCUUCGUGAAAUUGAAAGAUUGGAAAACUCCAAUGAGGCUCAAGAAGAAUUAUUACAGCUUGAAGUGACUAGUACUAGUAGCAGCUCAUCUUCAGAUACUGAGAAUAAUGAAGCGGCGACGGAAGUUUCUGAUAAAACGGGUGAUUUGGCUGAUGAGCAACCUCCACAAGAUAGAGAGCCUAAUAUCGAUACCCACAAUAAAGACACUUCUUCUAAAGUGACAGAAAAUGAUAAUAACGAAGAUGUGGUAAUGAACGAUGUUGAUAAUAAUGAUAAGCCACACCUGAUUGUAUCUCAAAAUAACGAAGAAUCCGAAACAGGUACAAAUGACACCCCUUUAUCGGCCAAUAUUACAUUAGAGAAUCCAAAUACUGUUGCUACUGAAUCUGGCACACCAACUGUUACUAAGCCUUCGAAAUCGAGUUCAAGUAGCAGUUCUUCCGUACCAAGUCACGACAUCUCUCCGUCAAAUGGAGAUGCUCCUAUUCCGGAUCAACUGUCUUCAACAGUGAAAAGUCCAACCAGUCUUUUAGCACCCGACACUGCCACUGCGGAGAAGCCAAAAUCACAGGAAACCAGAUUUACCGGUCACACAUACAAAUUAAAACCAAGUAGAAUUGAAAAACCAGCUCAUAAUGAACGCACAAAUGAUGCACAAUUGCAUUCUAUAGUUCAGAAUUUACAGAAGAAUUUAGGUUCUAUCAAUUUGCCAAUACGUCAAUCUCCCAAUACUGAUAUGAAUGCUACUUCCAUUGACACGAGAGCUUCCACACCUUCAACAAUCAAUUUACCAGAACAGGAGAAAACACCAUCUCCAGUUCAACAUUUAAGGCAAGCCACACCUUCAGAAUCUACUGUACAAUCAAAUAGUCCAAAAACCUCCACUUUGAUAGAUAAUACGCCACUGGCUAUAAAUCCAGUGAUACAAACUAGUUUAUCACCAAUCAAACGAUGCAGACAUUGUAAACAACCAAAACCAAGUGAUAUGCCUCUCGAGUGCUCAUCUUACUCAACAUGUCCACGAUGUAUUAUUAAGAGUAGAUUGCAAAAAAAUAACUUGCAAAAUUUAUCCAAGUUUAUGAAAUUAUAUGGAUUUUAUCAAAUGACCCAAGAAUAUGAUAAACAUGAAAAAUUAAUUAAACUUGCAAUGGAACAAGAUUCUUACUUGGCAGAUCUCGGUUCACGAAAAUUUGAUUAUCCGACGGAGUUAGAGAAAUUGAGAGCAGUUGUAAGCAGCCAAAUUCAACCACCUGAAUCACAACAGAGUGCGAAUAUAAAUUUCAAUUCACCCGUCAGUUCGCCCGUCAAUUCGCCAGUCAUCUCAGCAACCACUUCGAAUAGACGAGGUUCGACAGAUUUAGAGGAUGUUGAAACUAAUAAUGGAAUUAUGAUACUGGCUGAUAGACCACAACGGAGAGAAGAAACUCCCCAACAGGAAGAUUCUUCCAAUAUAGUAAACUCACCUCAUUCAGAAAAUUCACCCAUUCAGGAAGACAUUGUGAACCAAGAGAAUGCAUCUAUUCAAGAAGAUUCGUAUCACCAAAAUGAAAACCAAAGCGACCAGCAUAAUGGUACUGAUAAGAAUACCUCUUCAAACGAGAAUAUCGAUAUUGUUGACGAAGUCGUAAAUACUGUGGAAAAACAUGCCGAAGGUGAUAUAAAGAUAGAAAAAAAUGCUUAUGAAAAUGAUACUGGUCAUAGUAAUGAGAACAACCCUGAGAUAAGUGACGAGCAAGAAGAGAGUGGCAAUAUAAUAGGGGGUAGUAAUAACAAUGAGAAUGUUGAUAUAAAUAUAGAUAUUGAUACAAACGACAAUAGUCCGCAAAUUAACGUGGAAGCUCCAAAAGAAAAUACUAAUAAUCGUGUCAACAACGAACGUGACAAUCAAGACCACCCAGGAACUGAUGAUGUCCGUAAAGAUAAUAGUGACAAAAUUGAUCAAACCGGACCUCCAAAUAAAAGUGACAGUAGUGUUAAGGUUGAGCCUGGAACUGAAAAUAGUCAUAUCAAGGGGGACGGCUCCACACAAAGAGGCGACAAGCAAAACAUUACACAUACUGGGACGAUAGCUCUUGGAAGUACAAGCACUUCUCUGAAUAGUUCCAUUCAGGAAAUCCGUCAAGUAUCUAUUACCCCAGCUCCAACCUCAUAUUCUGCUCCUAUUGAAUUGAGUUCUUCCUCGGGUUCAACUCCAUCACAACCAACCAAUGUCGCAAAUCAUACCCCACAGAAUUCAGAUAUCGAUAGGUUGAUAGCUAGUAUAAACAAUACGACAACACAAGGCUAUCAUACAAUACAAAAUAGCUUAAUACUGCGAAGCACAUUACCAAAUCAUCCACCAAUUUUAAGUGGGCAAGUUACAACAGGAAACAUUGUAAACCCAAGAAUUUGUUCAAUUUGUCAAGAAGUACGAGAAUUUGAUGAACCAUUUUUAGCGACGCGAUUACCUUGUUGUCCCAAAUGUACUUUAAAAGAAGCUUUGUUAAAGAAACGGGGUAAUACAGUAUUUGGUUCAAUAAAACUAUAUGCUUUAAAACAAGUUUACGAAUGGAAAGACUAUUCAUCUUUCCAAUUGAGGACUAUGUUUUUGGAACAAGAUGCGUAUUUAUCCCAAUUUACUGUAAGACCAUUCAAUUACGUAUGUGAAAUGAUUCGAUUACAGGGACAUCCAACGCCAUAUCCUGCAUUCCAACCCCCUCCACUUCCACCAUUUUUACAAAGAGAUGCAAGGGUGUGUCAAAAUUGCAAUACUGUCAUACUUGAUGCUUUCAAUGAAAUGAAAAGGUAUUCAUGUUGUGCCAGAUGUCUUAUGAAUGAUGCACUUUCCCGUGGUUAUAGUCUUGCAUUGCUGAAUACUGUUAAAAUCUUAGCCCUCAAACAAGUUCUUGAAGGUAACAGUUUAGAAGAUAAUCAAUUUGUUUUGAAAUUUUUGUUCGAUAGGUUCUUGGAACAAUACAAAGGCAAAAAGUUUGAUUAUGAAAUAGAGUUACUAAAGUAUAAAACAAGAGAAGAUGAUAAUUAUUAUGAAAUUAAGAACGAGUGA